GGCGAUGGUUUGAAGAACUCAUAGCAUCCGUCCAUCCACGGAGCAAGAAUGCUGUUUGCUAAUGAUGAUGAUGACGGUUACAUUUUCUACUGUUCCGUUCUGAGCGCAAUUUUUCGCAUGCGGCAAUUUUUCUCUGGCUGCUGCUGCCUGUACCGCGUUGCGAGAUCUCGGUGCUUACCGUAGUGCCUUUACGUGAGAGUUAACCGUCUCAGUCGCUGUUGUUUCGCCUCGCGAAAUGUCGAGCGUUUCCGACGACUUCUACUGUCAGUUCUGCGGCAGUACGUCGGGUUUGCGCCGAUGCGCGCAGUGCCAUGGCAUUUAUUACUGCAGCAAGGAGCACCAGCGCCUGCACUGGCCCGCCCACAAGCACAUCUGCAAGCAUAGCAACGCGCAGCACUCAUCUGCCUCUCCACCGCCACUGCUAAUGGCUGAUUCAGCCAGUGUGCUGUGCCCCACGCCUCCCAUGACACCUGCGACAGUUGUGGAGGCGCUGGCACCUUCACCGGCAGCACCGAUACCCCCAGAUGCCGGCAUUGCUGCAGACAUUCCCAACUACGACCCCAAUGACCCGGUCAACCAGGCCUGGUGGAACGACACCCUGUCCUCCUUAGGACUCGGCACAGAGGGCAGUGGGGCUGACUUGGCUAAUAAUGCAAGCAGGCCUGCAGCCCUGAAGCCAUUGUCAUCCAAGCGGUUCCAAAAGAUAUGCACGGAUGUGGUGCAUGAUCUCAAUGAAUAUGGUAUUUGUGUCAUCGACAAGUUCCUGGGCAGGGAACGUGGGUCAAUGGUAUUCGACGAGGUGUACAGUCUCUAUGGGAGUGGCGAGUUCCAGCAUGGGCAGCUGGUCAGUGAGCGGGACGACACGGGCCGCAUCAUAAGGGGCGACCGCACCCUCUGGCUGGACGGCACCGAGGCUGGCUUUCCGGCUGUUGGUUUCCUGGUGCGGACUCUGGACGCCAUCAUCAGCCGAUGCAACAAGAGCCAGGAGCUGCGACACUACUGCAUCAACCAGCGCACCAAGGCCAUGAUAGCUUGCUACCCAGGCAAUGGGACGCAUUAUGUGAAGCAUGUGGACAAUCCGAACCAAGAUGGCCGUUGCAUCACCAGCAUCUACUACCUCAACAAAAAUUGGGAUGUCCAAACGCAGGGAGGCCUGCUGCGCAUGUUUCCCAUGGGGCAGUCCACCAGUGUGGCCAACAUCGAUCCCAUCUUUGACCGCAUGCUCUUCUUCUGGUCUGACCGGAGGAAUCCUCACGAGGUGCUGCCUGCCUACUCAAUCAGGUUUGCCAUCACGGUGUGGUAUCUGGAUGCGAAUGAACGGAAGAACGCACUCCGCAGGUUGCAGAAAGAGCCACCAACUGAUGAGCACAGUUCGAUGCAGCACAGGUAGCUGCAAUUAGCAUGCUAAGCAAGUACCAAGCUACCAGCACGAACAGCAAGUUAAGGUGGUGCAACCGUUCACCUUUGCCAACUACCAGCCAGAAAGCCGUCAAGUGGCCUCAAGCUUUGUCAGUCCGCAAUUUAGUGAACACCAGUGAUGGCCAAGGGCUUCUCUCAAGGAACUUGAAUAGCACCAUCUGUAGAAGUGUUUGCGACUUGUGCGCUGAUACAGCAUGAAUGUUCAAAGUAUCUGGGUGGCGUGGCAAUCCCGUUUGCGUAUUGUUCAUGAUGAACGUAAACGCAUUGCUGCGUAUAACAACAGAGCUGCUUGCUUACGAUAAUGAGCAUGGGCCAUGCAGUUUGAAGAGUGACCCAUUACAAGAUCUCUGUCCUCUUUGUACCAUGUCUGAGUAGGUGGUCAAGUUGCCCGUCAAGAUGGUAAGUGUUAACCAUUGAAAGGCCUGCAGGAACACACAUGUGCAUGUGCUGCAGGCUUUCGAAGAAGAAAUAAAGGAAUUCAGUUGUUAGCGGGUAUGUUCAAAUAAGGGCAGACAGUUCUAAGCGAAAGCUUUAUAUGAGGUUGGAAAAUGUCUUCCCCAACAACAGAGGCAUCGAAGUCGUGUCCAGUGAUGUACCCAAUGGGAUAUCGUGCACUUCCUAAGGAUGUUCGGGGUCAUCAUUAGGAUGUCCGCCUUGUUUGGAUUAGCCACGGAAGUACUUGAUCAUCCAAAAAACCUGCGAAGUGGAACAAAAUGCGUCAUCUAUAAAAUGUCCCAUCAUCCCUGCAUAUGGGACUUGUGUGGACUGUUAGAUGUUUUAAUUCUGCCCAUAUACUUCCACGUGCAGAGCUAUCCAAAACGAGAGUGAAGAACGACCUGGUGGGUGCACUCCUGCAUGUGCUUUCGUCGGCGUCCUUCAUAAGCGCGCCGUACCUCGGGCGCUCGCGCAAUGACCUGUCAACCCAUACUUGCCGCGCACAACAGCGUCAACGCAGCGCCUAUAGAUUCGACUGGCGCGGCGAUAACACGUCCGAAAGGUGUAUACGCUCCACUUAGAGGGACUGUCUACCGCUCGGAAAAAAUUUUCUGAUUGUGGUGAAAAUGAGAAGGUCGUUCGUCACAUCAGCGGCUUUUGCCCCAUAAAAAAAUGAAUUAUAUUUUUUUCUUUGAUGUUGAAAAUCGUGAAAGAAUGACCGCUAGCGUCACACAACAGCGAUGUGGUCAAUCUACUGGUAGGACAAGAAAUCCUCGCAGGUAGACUCAUUUUGCUUAAAAACAAAUAUGUAUAGCUUGAAAUUGUAUUUUACGCACUUGAGGCAGCUUGUGGUUGCGUCAGAGAGUAAUUUUUUUUUUCUCGCGCAUCCAAAAAGGCGCCCGGUGGCACUGCUUGCGGCGCCGCCUUCGAUUUUGUCUGCUUCAUUUCAUGCGCUAUGCCAUGCGGCCCUCCGUGCUGGUCGUACUGUGCCGUUGUAUUCUUGUUAGGAUGUCUCACAUGUGCUGCGCUGUGAAGGCGUGCAUUUAUUGUCUCUUUUUGAUGAAUCGACUUGGUAAUUAGAUUGCAGCAGCAGUGAUAAAACGCAUAGACUGCGAUUACAGCAAAUCAAGUGUUCUGCAAUCGUAUAAUAAAGGUUCAUUUAACCGCUAUUGCGCCGAGAACGGCUGUUACAUUCAUUAGUGUUCAGCGAAAAUAAAGUAAUCCUUCAGAAAUCACAUGUGCUUUCGGUUUUAAUUUUUACCGGCACUACAAUCGUCAUCGCGUCUACCAACCAGUGUUGUGGGCAUGUUUAUCGCCAAUGGAAGAAGACCGAACGCAGAUCGAAAAAUUCUGUUUUAAAAAUUUCUACUCGCUUUCCAGAGAAACCGCUGCAAGGUUGGACACUUCAGACGGUACACUUUCUAUUGCAUUACAAGACAGAAAAGCGGUGAAGGACGGUAGACAGUCCCUCCGGCAACGGCCCACCUUUGACCGAUCGACGAUGCCAAUUGAUGACGCCAUCGUGUGACGUCAUGUAGUGACAUCACAAAUUUUGGUGAUCUGUGACGUCAUUACGUGACGUCAUGGGUUCGUCGGAGGAGGUCGCGUGUUUUUUUUUUUUCACCUAGACGGACGCGGAUAGACACCGCAAAUCAAGCAGGUGUUCAAUUUACAGUUCCGUUAAAAACGCUGCAUCAACGAAUUCACCGGGAUGGCAUCAUAGAGUUAGUACUACAGGAAGUGUGCCUGCGAACGCACCAUAAGUCCCUAGAUUUUUAACAAGGGAGAGAGAAAAAAGAAAUCUAGGCACAUUAAACCACCUUCCGGAGCCACGAAUUCUGCUCACAGUAAAUUGCUUAAAUAGCCUAGAACCUUUCCUAAAAAUGUUCUAAAUAAAUAUUAAAAACAGUCCGCACGUUUCUAAUUCGUGAAAAUGUCUGUGUUUUAUGUUGCAAGUAAUACUAGCGCUCAGUAGCGCUAAUUUUAGUCGAUCUG